AGCUGAAUGUCAGCUGCAUAUCUAUCUGCAUGCUCAGUCAGCACCACAGCAUCUGGUUCGUCUGGAAGCCCAAAGUGUCAGAGCAGGACGGGGUCCCAUUGGAACUUUCCAGGUGUCAAGGGCAAUGCGUGACAGGCAGAGCAUCCCCAUAAUGCUGAGGAAUGGCAGUGACGUGGCGAUGACCAGCUGGCAGGUCAAGGAGACUCACCUGGAGAACGUCCUCUUUGCUUCCUUCUACAUCGUGAUCUUCAUCAUCGCAGUUCCAGGAAACGCCUUGGCACUGGGCGUUUUCAGCCGACAGAAGAAGAUCUCACCCUCCAAGGUCUUCCUCAUGAAUCUGGCUGCGGCAGAUCUCUUCUAUGUGAUGGUUCUGCCCAUGCGUGCCACCUACCACCUCAUGGACAAUGACUGGCCCUUUGGGGAGACCCUCUGCCUUCUGAUUGGGUACCUCUUCUACCUUAACAUGUACUGUAGUCUCUUCUUCAUGGCCUGCAUCAGUUUGGACCGCUUCCUGGCCGUUGUCCUGCCAGUCAGGUCUCUGGGGCUGCGGCAAAAGCCCCUGUACACGCGUGUGGUCAGUGUCGUCUUGUGGAUCUCCUUGAUUGUUUGCUCGGUCCCCAUGCUGCUGUCCAAGAAGGUUCUAAAGGUAGACAACUUGACCAGGACAGUGUGUGGCCAGCUCUACCUGGAGAAGACCUCAGCCAAAGCACUGCUGCCUACAGCUGUGGCUUUUCUGCUCCCCAGCAUCAUCAUACUGGGCUCCUACAUCCUCAUACUCCAUCGCCUUUGGAGCCUAAGGCAGCCAGGAAAGAAGUCAGUGGAGAGAAAGGCGGUCAAGAUGAUCACAUUGAUCCUUCUGAAUUUCUCUGUGACUUUCAUCCCCUACCACAUCAACCGCUUUAUCUACAUCCAGGCCUCCGGACGGGAAGAUGUAGACAUGGCCGCCAUCGUGUUCAGCAAUAGGAUCACUUCAUCCUUGACUUGUCUCAGCGGAGUCUUGGAUCCAGUUUUAUAUUUCUUUCUUACCAAGACCUACCAGAGAUCCUUGGUUCAAUUUUUCUGCAGGAGACACAAAAGGCAAAAGAAGCAGAAUGUCAAUUCUGCUUCCAGCUAAUUAGUGACUGCAUUCAUACUUCCAGCUAAUUAGUGACUCAUGUUUCAUACUUUUAGGUCCUUAACCCCAGUUGCUCUGGGGAUCAGUGUGACUCUGCUGUCUGAUCUUUACUUAACAAAAUAAAUGUAAAAGUACAUAUAUCAGCCUGUGCCCACUGUGGCCGACCUGCACCUGCCUCUCCAACAGCUGUUAAUUAAUAAGUAAAUUAAAAAAAUGUACGGGUAGAAUUUUCAUAAACUUGUUUUGGUACAGUAUUAAUUACAUAUGCUUUUUUUGGACAUUGUUUGAAAUACAAAGAUGUGUAACUUAGUGUUAUAAAAAAUGUUAGUGUUAGAGGUGACUAGUUCAGGUCCAGAAAGUAAAAACCCAGACCAAUGUUUUACUUCAACCAACCAGUCGAGUACUCUGUGACUCACUCUUUCUACUCAACUGGAUGGUUGAAACAAAAUCUUCAUCUGGGUAUUUACUUUAUGGACCUGAACGUCCACCUCUCGGACGUGGGACUUGGGUAAGCAUCAACAAAGCAGUGAAUGGAAUUUCUAACCUGCUUUUUCAGGGACUAAGGGGGAUGAACGGCUGACUUUGCUAACAGACGUCAAGCUUGGCUCUCCCCUGGGUUUGUGUGAAUGUUUUUAAAAGGACAGCAAGAUGGAUACAUGUGAAGAUGGACACAUUCCAAUGUUCCUGUUCUCAUACUUGUAUAAAUGGCAAACAGCA